AAAGGUGGCACAGACGAGGGCAAGGCCAAUAGCAAAUGACGUGGGUGUGCAAACGAACGCAGACACGUAAAUAGUGAGGUGGUACCCGUCGCGACUUCUUUUUCUCUUCACUUCUCACUUCAAUCACUACGCGCCGGGAGAGCCUUUCCUCUUACAAACGAAACCGAUAGCACAUCUGCUACCGCAGCGACCCAUCAUUCAUCAAAAUACGCACACGGCUUGUUACAAACACAAAUUAACACCAUGGUCAUCGCGAACCCGCUCCUCAACUUUGUCGUUCGCGGCUUCCAGGCUCUUUUCGGUAUUGUGGUACUCGGAAUAUCGGUCUCACUCAUUCGCGGCCAUCACUGGGGUGGUCUCCCCGCUAGUCUAGGCUUCUCAGCCUUUGUCGGUGGCGUCACGAUCCUAGGUGCAGCGAUUGGGGUCGCAGGACUGUUCUUCAGCUUCUUGGAUGGUAUGAUUGGAUUGAUAGUUGACGGCGCUGUUGCUGUCAUCAACGCGGCAGGUGGCAUCGUUCUCGCUCUCAAGAUCUCUGGUGUGGAUUGCGAUGCCGACACAACUAUAGAGAACGCGACUAAGCUCGUUCUCAACGACAUCUUCAAUGGCGGCUGCAUAGCCAAAGACAACUGCUGGUACUAUUACGAGAAAAAUGACCCCAACACCAUGAAGUCGAGGUGCAAGUCGACCCAAGCCGACUGCGUCUUCAUGUUCCUCACCGUCAUUGUCCUCGCGGUGACCGCCUUGCUGGCUUUCUUGCGUAUGAAGAAGGGCUACUAGAUUUGGCGUAGCGCGAUGCAUUGUAGCGAUGAUCCGAAUUACCCACACUCGACGUAGUGCUGCGGAUGCCUCUAGGGGAUUUCACAACGGCCUCUUUCUCGUAUUACGAUACCCCACUAAGUUGAAGCGAUUCCAUCAUCAGCGCGAUUUGGUACAUGGACAAGCGUUUCGACGCUCUUUUUCGUUCUUCACUGAUUAGGUACACCCUUUAUGAU